AUGAGUCUGUCGGCGCGAGUGAGGGCGUCUCUGGAGGAAAGUGUAGUGCUCGUGCAUGCGGGGGAGUACGCUUUUACGGAGGAAAUGGAGACUUUUAAAGAAAUAAAUUUAGAGGAGAAUCCAGGGAUCGAACCUGCACUGAGGGCUGAGUUUGGGGUGGAGAGCAUUCCCUGCCUGCUCGCAUACGGGGUCCCAUACGCAGUGGAGGAGAUCCAGGCGGUGAAGGAGAUCGAGAGAGCGCGAGAAAGUGCGAAACUUGAGGGAGCGAUUGAGAAAAUCCGCAGGGAAAAACGGGUUCUUUUCAUGAAGGGGACUCCUGAGAGGCCUGAGUGCAGGUUCAGCCGGGAGUUUAUAAAAAUAUUGGGGGAAGCCGGAGUCGAACCCAGGGACUAUGUGAGCGUGAAUGUUUUGGAGUCUCCUGCAGUCCGGGAGGGGAUAAAGGCGUACGGGGACUGGCCCACGUACCCGCAGAUGUACGCAGACGGGGAGCUCCUGGGGGGACUGGAUGUGAUAAAGGCAGAGCUUGCGAAGGGAAACCUGAAAGAGUACCUGAAACUCGUGUGA